AUGCUAUCUGUUAAACUGGAUAUCGCUCUCAAGCUCAGAGUCAACCCAGAUCAGUUCCGCGGCUCUUGUCCUACAUAUUUCCCCAUGGAGCAACACUCAGAGAUGAGCUUCGAAAUCCGCGCUUUACUACAGCAUGAUCUUGACAAGGACGCUGAGUUCCUGACGACGGUGUUGAUUGACAUCCGGAGGAUCAUACAAGAGCGUGAAGGUCUCGCUACUAGGAUUCCCCUUUGCAUCAAAGAAAAAGGAGAGAAAGACAAGAAUCAGCUCAAUCAGCUGUUCUCAUAUAAAGGACCUGACAAAGAAACUUUGAGAAUUCUGAACUGCUACGAAGGUCUCUGGACGCAAGACCCAAAACAAUUUUGGAACACACCCCUGCUGUCCAGCUCGGGCAGACUUACCAGCGCACAAGCUCAGAUUGCCAGGUACUACCUCCAUGGUCAAGACGUCGACGCUUAG